AUGGAGAAGAAUUUUGCUAUGAAGAAGCAGCUCCAAACUAAUCUGGUGACGGAGAAGCAGCUCCACACAGAUUGUGGGAAAGAUGAUCCAGAUCUCAAAGAAGAGAUGGAGAAGCAGUUUGUUGAUUUCCUAUCAUCAGAACUUAAAUUACAGAAAAACGUUGGUCAAGAACACAUACACCAUAUGAAUAUUACAUUCGGUGAAGCAAGAAGAGCAGUUUCCCAAUAUCAAAAGGAGGCUGAAAAAUGUAACACUGCUACUCAAACAUGUGAACAAGCAAGAGAGCAAGCCGAGGCUCUGACGAGACGAGAAGAGAAGAUAACUUCUUUGUGGGAACGAUGUGCUAGGCAACUUGGUUGGGAAGGCGAAUAG